AUGGCAACCCAGCUAGUUUCACUGCCUGAAGUGGAGAGGCUGAGCGCCUCGGUUGUGAGAAUCCUGGCAGGAAACCCAAGCAAAAUAACUGAGUCUAACAUUUUUCCAGGAACAAAUACAUAUCUCAUCGGACGCGGCCCACGUCGGCUUCUCAUCGAUACCGGCGAAGGCGUUCCCCGGUGGUCGAGCCUACUCCAAACAGUGCUAAAGGACGAAAAGGCCACUGUGCAUGAAGCCUUGAUCACGCAUUGGCAUCAUGACCAUGUCAACGGGAUCCCGGACUUGCUUCGCAUUUGUCCGCAGGCGACUGUCUAUAAACACCAGCCGGAUGACGGGCAGCGAGAGAUUGAAGACGGGCAGGUAUUCCAGGUAGAAGGGGCUACGUUAAAGGCGUUCCAUACACCGGGUCACACGGUGGAUCAUAUGAGUUUUAUCUUUGAGGAAGAGGAUGCCAUAUUUACGGGUGAUAACGUACUAGGCCAUGGCACGGCAGUGUUUGAAGACCUCCAUGCCUACAUUGACAGCCUACACAAAAUGAAAAGCGCCGUGUCCGGCCGCGCAUACCCCGGCCACGGGCCAGUGCUUGACAACGCCACGGCCAAAAUCACGGAUUACAUCAAACACCGCCAGCAGCGAGAAGACGAGGUGGUCCGGGUACUCACUUAUGGCACUGUGGACGCAGCCGAAGCGCAGAAGAAGAGCGGCGAGCAGCAGCAGCAACAGGGUUCAUCCAGCUGGACGCCCAUCGAGCUCGUCAAAGUCAUCUAUCGCGAUGUCCCCGAGAGUCUUCACCUGCCGGCAUCGCACGGGAUCGUGCUCAUUCUGAACAAGCUGGAGAACGAAGGCAAGGUCAAACACGAGGGCUCGUCGGGGAAAUGGAGUCUGAAUGUUCAUCGGCCGGCUCUGUAA